AUGGAGAUUGAUCACUCAGCAAUUCAAGAGAAGGCCGGGCCUUUUCCUCGAGCAUGGGGCUUGCUCAAGGCCUUGCCUGAUAAGGCCAAGGCCAAGGUUAUACGUGUUGCAAAGAGCAUAAAAACACUUGGACAGGAUGACCCAAGAAGAAUCAUCCACUCCCUAAAAGUGGGACUAGCUCUCACACUGGUAUCCUUAGUGUAUUAUUUGAGGCCUCUCUAUGAUGGCUUUGGGGUUGCAGGAAUGUGGGCUGUGCUAACUGUGGUAGUAAUUUUUGAAUUCACCGUAGGUGGAACAUUGAGCAAGGGUUUGAAUAGAGGUUUUGCAACAUUACUAGCUUGUGCUCUAGGACUCGGAGCUCAACACUUGGCCUGUCUCUUUGGAAACAAAGGGCAGCCCAUUGUCCUUGGAAUCCUUGUCUUCUUAUUAGCUGCAGCAUCUACAUUCUCGCGAUUCUUCCCACGAAUCAAAGCUAGAUAUGACUAUGGAGUCUUGAUAUUUAUAUUAACAUUCAGUCUGGUAUCUGUUUCGGGGUAUCGAGUUGAAGAACUCUUAGUAAUGGCACAUCAAAGGCUAUCAACAAUACUAGUGGGGGGAGCAACUUGCAUAGUUGUAUCCAUCUGUAUUUGUCCUGUUUGGGCAGGUGAAAAUCUUCAUAACUUGGUUGCCUCCAACGUAGAAAAGCUUGCAAGCUACCUAGAAGGUUUUGGAGGUGAAUAUUUUCAGUCCCAUGAGGGUUCCAAUAGCGACAAAUCAUUUCUUCAAGGAUAUAAAAAUGUCCUCGAUUCAAAACCCACUGAAGAUACCAUGGCAAAUCUUGCAACAUGGGAGCCUGGACACGGUCGUUUUGGUUUCCGGCAUCCAUGGAAACAAUACUUGAAGAUUGGAGCGCUCUCACGUCAAUGUGCUUACCAGAUUGAAACUCUUAAUGGCUACAUUAACUCUGAUAUCCAAGCACCAAUAGAAUUCCGAUGCAAAAUCCAAGAACCAUGUACACAGAUUAGUGCAGAAUGUGGCAAGGCACUGAAAUCACUAGCCUUGGCUAUCAAAACCAUGACUGUUCCAUCCUCCGCUAAUUUCCAUGUGGAGAACUGCAAAACUGCGGUCAAGGCCCUCAAAAUUGUCCUCAAAGCUGUCUCACCGGAGCAUGAUGAAGACCUUUUGGGAAUUAUGCCAGCUUUAACAGUUGCGUCGAUACUAUUUCAGAUCGUUAUAUGCGUGGAGAAAAUAUCCGAAACAGUACACGAGCUCUCUACUCUAGCACACUUUAAGAGCGUGGAACCUACUGUGUCGCCAGAGAAACCACAGUUACUUCACCGAGGAACCAUAAAUCCUGUUUUAGAUGGUGACAGUGACCAUGUUGUUAUUACCAUACAUGGAACAUCCACAGAUUCUCCAGAAAAUUAUGAGAAUCCUCAGGCGCCAAAGCCGACGAGUGAUGUUGCGUCACAGGAAAAAGGUGCUCACGCCAGUGGCCUACAGGCCUACCAUAAGGCCGAUGCUGCAUUUUAUGGUGAAAACUGA